GCUCUGCCGAGUUAAAAGAACUUUACUGCUCUAUCCUGAUACAUCAUAAAAAUGUCAACUGAUCCGGAGGUUGUGGUAAAAGCCAAGAAGUCAGAAGAACCGGGGCCAAAUAAAGGAAAGUCAAUUGAUUCUGAGAAAAAAGCAGACGAUAUGGACAAGCUAGUGAUCAAUGGAGCUAAUGAUCAUCAGAGCGUCCAGAGCCUCACCACUGCAGUGCCAAGGAACUCCAGAAAGAGAGCUGCAACUAUUAUAUUCACCCUGAAAAAUGAAGUGGGGGAUCUUAUCAAGGCUCUGAAGGUUUUCCAGGAAAAACAUGUCCAUCUGGUUCAUAUUGAGUCUCGGAAGUCCAAACGGAGAGAUUCGGAUUUUGAGAUCUUUAUCGACUGCGAUUCAGAGCACGAACAACUGAAGGAGCUGACUGAGCUGCUGAGGACACACACUGAGAUUAUAGAAAUGACUCCCUUUGACAACCCUUAUCCUACUAAUGAUGGCCUGGAUUGUGUUCCCUGGUUUCCUAAAAAGAUUUCUGACUUGGAUCUGUGCGCCAAUAGGGUUUUAAUGUAUGGCUCGGAGUUAGAUGCAGAUCAUCCGGGAUUUAAGGACCAAAUAUACCGUAAAAGAAGAAAGUAUUUUGCUGAUUUGGCCCUGAGCUUCAAACACGGCGAUCAGAUUCCUCGCAUAGACUACACCGCAGAGGAGGUGCGUACCUGGGGUGUGGUGUUUAGGGAGCUUAAUAAGCUGUAUCCAAGCCAUGCCUGCAAGGAGUAUCUGAAGAAUCUUCCUCUGCUCAACAAAUACUGUAAAUACAGUGAAAACAACAUCCCUCAGUUGGAGGAUGUGUCACGGUUCCUCAUGGAGCGCUCCGGUUUCAGCAUUCGGCCCGUAGCAGGGUACCUCUCCCCCAGAGACUUCCUGGCAGGUCUUGCCUUCAGGGUGUUCCACUGCACUCAGUAUGUCCGUCACGCCUCAGAGCCUUUGUACACACCUGAACCGGACACGUGCCAUGAGGUGUUAGGCCAUGUUCCUCUGCUAGCCGAACCCAGCUUUGCCCAGUUCUCUCAAGAACUCGGAUUGGCAUCUCUUGGAGCUUCUGAUGAAGAAGUGCAGAAACUUGCAACGUGUUAUUUCUUCACCGUGGAGUUUGGCCUGUGUAAGGAGGAUGGAGGGCUGAGAGCCUAUGGAGCUGGACUCCUGUCCUCUGUUAGUGAACUCAAGCAUGCUCUGUCAGGCAGGGCCAACAUCCUCCCCUUUGACCCCGUGGUGACCUGCAACCAGGAGUGCAUGAUAACCACGUUCCAAGAUGUCUACUUUGUGGCAGAAAGUUUUGAGGAAGCCAAGAACAAAAUGCGGGAGUUUGCAAAGACCCUUAAACGCCCGUUUACGGUGAACUACAACCCCUACACCCAGAGCGUGGACGUUCUGAGGGACACCUCCAACAUCAACAACAUGGUGAAAGACAUCCGACAUGAGCUGGACAUCGUUGAAGAUGCCCUGCGUCGUCUCGGAAAACUCAGGAGUGACUAAAGGGUCAACAAAGCCUGAUGGGGAACGCUGCAGAACUGUUCUAAUCUAAAACUGAUCCUGCUCUUUCUCUGUUUCUUGUUUUUUUGCUUGUGGAUACCAUAAUGCACAUGCUCCUUUGGUGUUUGGUAAAAUGUGAUAAGAGGUGUUACAAGUGGAAACGUCUGUAGUUUGAUGGUGAACGUGUUUGUGGGUCUACUUACUAAAGGAUUUAACUUGUUUUUUUCUAGCGUACGUUUUGUUCUCACCAGCUGGCUGAAUAGUCAAAAGAAAAAGUGUUACC